ACAUUAUGGAAUUACGUGACAUCGCUGCCCAAUUAAAAUCAUUGGAAGUAGACAUGUCAGAAACUUUUCUUGUACACUUUGUCCUUAAUUCUCUGCCUAUGGAGUAUGCACCAUUUAAGAUCUCAUGCAACACACAUACAGAAAAAUGGACUAUGAAUCAACUUCUAGCCAUGUGUGUUGAUGAGGAGCAGAGAAUAAAACAAGAGAGGCAAGAGAGUGUUUAUCUCACCUCUCAUAAGGGAAAAGGACAUAAAGAGGUCGGCGGUACCAGUCAUCAUAUUCCUGUUAAGAAGAAGAAAAUGAAAGUGUCAGCCAAAGUGACUGACAAAAGGCAAAUAAAGUGCUUCUUCUGUAAGAAACAGGGACAUUUGAAAAAGGACUGCAUCAAGUACAAGAAAUGGCUCGAAAAGAAAGGGAUUGUUGAACAAAAGAAUUCCAACGGAAAGUGAGCGAAGCAUCAUAAUGGGAAAUAAGAUGCGUU